AUGACACAGCAAAGUACCCCGUUGCUUUCAUCGAGUGAUGCCCAGAACAAGGGAUGCCAUCAAGAUGACUGGACUGGCCGGGUUGUGGUUCGGUUCCUUAGUAAUAAUGCGGACAAGGACUAUGAAAUCAAGAACAAACCAAAGGCUCGGGUCGAUGUAUCGGAAAUAUCUGAAAUGGGCCAAGCAAUUCAGCAAAAUGUUGCCCAAUCACAUCCUAACGAUGAAUCUGGAAAUGACGAAGAACUACUCCAUUCGAAUCAGAUUCCCAACAAUCCAGAGGAUUGUACAAUCAGAAUUGAUGUCUCGCUUACUUCAAGAGUCACGGGACAACCCAUCGCUAUCAAUCUCAUACGAGAUGGUGCUGAAGAUGCUUCCAAUUGUCUGAAGCGAUUGGAACUUUCACUCAUCAAGAAGCUGUCCAAGAAAAAAUCAAAAGGCAAGAAGCAAAAGGUGGUGGCUCAAGCGUCCACAUCUUCUUGCGUAGUCCUAUUAGAGGACAAGGACGAAUCAAAACCGGCACAAGAAAUCAAUCCUCAAAGCAUGUCCAAUCAUCAGCUUUGGAACCUCUGUACGACAUCCUCAAUUUCACUCCGUCUGAAGAUUGGCGAAGAUAGUGCGAUUUUGCCUGUUGAAUGCAAUCCACCCACAAUUUACAAAGUGACCGCCUUUGAAGACUUUGACUGCGAUAUAUUCCCGCAUGUACCACUUGUCCUGCGUGUGGAAACCUUGUUUUCCACCCGAGCCGUGGUCGAUUGGUAUGCAAAUGGUGAACGAGUCUGUCAGGACUCUACGUGCUAUGUUCCAACAAUUGAUGAUGUCAGCAAAUCAUUAGCUGUUAUCAUUACUCCAGUACGCCCGGGACACACAAGUCACCUUUACACUGAGGCAUACCGCUACAAACGAAAGGUGGCAUCUGCUUUGCCACCAAAUACUACACUGGACAUUCGAAAAGCAUGGCUAUCACGACCAAAGGAUUCCAAUAACUUGCGGGUUAUGUCGUACAAUAUCUUGGCGGAUCAGAAUGCCUUUACGGGACCAGAGCAGCAACCCUUCUUUCCAUAUGUCCCAAAGGAGCUGUUGCUCCGAUCGAGACGGUUUCCUUUGAUACUUCAGGAAAUUCUGGAGCACAAGGCCGACGUAAUUUGCUUGCAAGAAGUGGAUAGUUUUGUCUUUUCAUCACUGUUGCAGCCAGCCUUGGAAUUCUACAACUAUCAAGGAUUCCAUAGCCUGAAGCAGUCAUCUGGGAAUAACGAAGGAUGUGCCAUAUUUUGGUCACUGGAUCAGUUCCAAGAGGUUAGAACAGAAGAUAUCAAGACCUUUCGAAUAAGCGAGCUGCUGAAAGAAUGUCUAGAAGGAAAUGAUGGGAUGAAUGCUAGUUGGAAAGAAUGCACGGCUCCAAUUUUACAGCUGUUUGCAAAACGAAAAGACUUGGAAGAUAUUGUCCUUUCGAAUCUCGGUCAUGUACUGCAAGUUGUGCGACUAAAGGACCGAGAGGGCAAAGUGAUCCUCGUUGCGAAUACUCAUCUGUUCUUCCACCCCAUGGGAUCGCACAUUCGGGCUUUGCAAAUGUUUGCUGUGGCACAUCAGUUGAGCAUAGAACGAGGUUCUGAAGAAAUUCCUUAUUUGUUGAUUGGCGAUCUGAACUCUUCAUUGGGAAAUGCGGCCACCUUGAUUCUGAAGAAACGAAUCCCAUCCAACUACCGAGACUACAAAGAAAGUCUCAACAACUUUUCAUGGGAUGGUCAUCAUGGUACUGCUGGUCAUAGUGAUGACUUUCCAGCCCUUUCGAUUCCAGAAUCGUUCCCAACCUUGUUGAACGGAUACUCCAAAUCCCCAGAGUUCACGCACUACAUCGUUGGUUUCAAGGCUACAAUAGACCAUAUUUUCAUGUCAGAGCAAAGCGGGACUUCUACUCUGCGACCUUUGUAUCAUGCCCCCAUGCCAAACGUGGAGGAAGUGACACGAAACACAGCCAUGCCUUCGGUGAACUUUCCGAGUGAUCACAUCAGUCUAGUAUGUGACUUAGAGUGGGCUCCAAUAUAA